GUAAGACAGAGUACAAGGUAAGAUAGAGCUUGCCUAUUACAAGUAAGAUCACCAGGGAAGGUCCCACUGCUCAGGUGACAUUUGAGCAAAGCCCUGGAGGACCUGCAGAAUAUUAGGGGAAUGGCUCUUGGGCAGAGGGCACAGUCUGCCUGGUGUCAGUUUCCUAGGCAUAGAGCAGGGAUCAUGGUGUUUGUCAGUAGUGUGCAGAGGCAGGAACAGUGGGUCUGAGAGCCUCGCGUGGACUGGUAUAUGAACUUGUGGUAAUGUAGCCUGUUUUGUUAUGAGGGGCUAGUAAUGCUGAUUCCGGGUUCCAGACUUGGAGAAUGGGGUGAUGCCACUAACUAGAUAAUUCAGGAACAAGGACAGGAUGAGUGGGUUAAACAAACUCACUUUUAGACUUAUUGAGUUCAUGGUUCACACAGACUUCUCCAGUGUAGACGUAUGGCAGAGCUCCAAAGAUCGGUCUUUAUCCCUUCAACUAAUACAGGUUACCGGCUGUUGUGGUGCUCCAAAAGAAGGAAGACUUAUGGAGAGGUUUCUCAUGGAUGGAUUUCAGCCGCAACAGCUGUCCACGUAUGCCCUGACCCUGUACAAGCACACGGCCACGGUGGACGGCAAGACUGUCCUUGUGGACUUUUGGGACACAGCCGGCCAGGAGCGGUUCCAGAGCAUGCAUGCCUCCUACUACCACAAGGCCCACGCCUGCAUCAUGGUGUUCGAUGUGCAGAGGAAAGUCACCUACAAGAACCUGAGCACCUGGUACACAGAGCUUCGGGAGUUCAGGCCAGAGAUCCCGUGCAUCGUGGUGGCCAAUAAAAUUGAUGCAGACAUAAAGAUGACCCAAAAGAGCUUCAAUUUUGCCAGGAAGUUCUCCCUUCCCCUGUACUUUGUCUCAGCUGCUGAUGGUACCAAUGUUGUGAAGCUCUUCAAUGAUGCAAUUCGAUUAGCUGUGUCGUACAAACACAACUCCCGGGACUUCAUGGACGAGGUUUUGCAGGAGCUUGAGAACUUUGAUUUGGAGCAGAAGGAGGAAGAUGUGCCAGACCAAGUGCAGCGUGGCAGUCUUGAGAGCCUCUCCCCUUCCUGAGAGAAGGAAGCCUCUCUUCAUGGACUUGGGGGGUGGGGGUUCUUUCAGAAUACCCUCCCCUCAACAACCCUCCAGCUCUGAAUUGAAAAACUCUUGCAGGCCAUCCCCCUCUCUGCCUCCUGCAAGCCCACCCAUUCCCCCCACCACCACCUCCAUGGCCCAUGAUACCUGACCUUUCCACAGUUGCCACCCCCACCCCCGUACUCAGGGACAGGGAUGGGGUCUGCACAAGCAAGCACCCUCGACAGGUAUGAGAAGUCCAAGCAGAGCGUCAAGCAGAGUUAGAGAUCAGUACCUGAAGCCUCCCUAUGUUGUGUAGGGGCAGUGAAGAGCUUCAGGGAACAUGCUUUGUGUAUCUCUCAAAUAAAAGGAAACUGAGGUGUGUUUUCUCUCCCAGAACUGACCUCAGGGCCUAUUCAUUGCCUUUCCACCAAGGGAAUUAUUUCUAAUCCCUUACCAUCCCAUUCCCACCUCUACAGAUUUGGGGGGUGGGGGGGGUGCUCCAUUCUUUUUCCUCUUUAGUCUCCCAACCAGCUUUUUUUAGAAAUGGUUUUGAGCAGACAGCUGUUCAUCCCACAUGUUUCUCAGGGUACCUGGGUACUGCCAGCACACUGGUAAACUGAGGUCUAGAUCACAGGACAGGUUGGCCAUUAAAGUCAGGGAAACAGGUGACAUGUCUAACAACACUUAAUACCAUGGCUCACCUAUUUGGAUUAGAAGAGCUUCCCGUAGCCGCCACCCCCCCCACUUGUUUUUUGAGACUAUUUGGGCACUGCUUUGUGGGGCAGGGAGAAGGGCUGCCCUACUGCCUUUCCCCCUUCUCUCCUGGACUUGGGGCUCACUGGUGUGUGUAUGAUCAUCCUGUGCAUUGUUUCCAUUGCUUUCAUUUUUAUAGUAAAGCUUGACUUAACACAAACGUUACACGUUAUGUGCAUGCUUGUGGGUCUGGAUUUCACUGAGCAAAAACCCACAGAAAGAACUUGUGAUCAUUAGCUGAUUAGGAGGAAGGUUGCCUUGACCUGACAUGCGAGGGCAGCCCUGGUCAGCUUUACUGACCAUUUCAAUGGAAUUCAGCAUUUUAAAAAGAAUGUGUAUUUGGGAAGAACAAGAAACAAGAACAAACCUUAUUUGCCUUUAAAUUACUAAUUCUUACAAUUUCAACUGAAAAGAUGUAACUUGACCUGGGAUUUGGGGGAAUGUGUUACCCUGGUGAGGUGGGCCUUUAAGAAUGUCAAAAACAAAACAAAAAACAUUUGGUGUUGUAAAUGACUCGUGUAAGUAUCUUUUUAACAUAAUGGCUUUAUUGAGAUAUCAUUCAAAGACCAUAGAAUUCACCAUCAGUAUUGGUUUUAUGUAACCAUUUGGAGUCAGGUUCCAAAGUGAGGGGAGCAGAAGAGGGUGGGAGGCCAGCUUCAGUCUCCUCUGCCUCAGAGUUGGUCCCACUUAGAGACCAGGAGCUUUUUGUGGAGGUCAGCUAUUGUGGGACAGGGAGGGGGGUGCAGGUGGUGGCCCCUAGCCUCCAAAGCAAAGUGGCUCCUCCUGCGAGUCAGCAAAGGGCAGUUCUCUGGAGAAAAGGGCAGGGUUAUCCAUCAACACUUAAAGCAGCCAGGGGAGGAGUGCUCAGGCAGGGUGCCAGAAGCACCCAUGGCCACCCACCUUCACAUGCUCAGACCCACCUGCUGCUUAAAGUUCAUUCCACCCUGACUAAUACAGGGAACACCACCCCUGGAUCUUUUUUUAAAUAAUUUAUUGAGGUGAAACUUAUAUAACAUAAAAUUAACCAUUUUAAAGUAAACGACGCAGUCCCAUUUAGUACAAUUUCAAUGCUGUGCAACUAUCACCUCUGUCUAGUUCUAAAAUAUUUCCAUCACUCAAAAGUAAAACCCCUUGCUCAUCAAGCAGUUUCUCCCCCAGACCCCCUCCCUUCAGCCCCUAGCAAAUUCUAAGCUGUAUUCUGUCUAUGGAUUUACCUAUCCUGAAUAUUUCAUAUAAAUGGAAUGAUAUACUGUGA